AAGCGGAUGGGCCGGCCCUCUCGCCAGCCAGUUAUUCGCAUCUUGUGGUCAAACGCAGAAUCGUGUGAAAUAACAAUGAAGGCAGCUACUUUAUUUGUUUUCGCUCUGGUGAUAGUGGCGGUGUCCUGUCGUCCAGACAAGCCUGACCUCAAGCAGGUCAAGGCUGAGGCAGCUCGCAAGAAGGCGUGUAUGCACGACUGCAGCUCAGUCGCUCUGGACCCCAUCUGCGCCGGCAAGACAGGCGAGAAACCCAAGUCCUUCGGCAAUGAAUGUGUCAUGAACAAUUACAAUUGUGAACACCAUGAUACUCUCCACAAGAUCAGCAAGGGCCAGUGUGCUGGCUCCGACGGUAUCCGCCUUUCUUAAACCAGAGACAAUGCUAACGAGGAUGGCAACCGCUUUCCAUGACUGCAUUUUCUAUAAAAAAAUUGUUUGUAAUUGUCUUUGCUUACCGAUUAACAUCAAAGAAGCUGUGAUUAAAAUAAGCGUUUAGCUGUGUACUCUCAGAUAUAAUGUGUGUUUUACUUUUGUAAUUGCCGUAUUUAAUACGAUUAAUAUUAUUAAAACUUUCUAAUUUUAAU